CGACAAGACAACAUUAUGACUCUGACCUGUAGUAGCAGUACCAACCCAGCUGUAAAGAACUACACCUGGUACAGAGCUGAUGGAGGCCAGGAGACUUUUAUGGGGACUGGACACGUUUUAACUGUCAAAGCUUCAAAUGUCAGCGGUCAUAUUUUCUGCAAGGCUGAAAAUGAACUGGGGAGUGGACGAUCUGACAACAAACACAUAGAUGUUCAGCGUCUUCAGGAUAACUGUGGACCCUACAGUGGAGUUCUCUUCUGGGCUGUUACUGGAGUGUCUCUCAUUGUGAACAUCGUCCUCACACUCUGCAUGAUGUUUCUUUGGAAACAAAGAGAGAGCAUGAAGCCAAAAGAAGAGGACAGCACUUACAUGAAUCUGGAUCAUACUAACAGAUCUCCAGACUAUGAUGUCAUUGCCAAUCGUCAUACCUGAUUAUUUGAAGACAAUGCUCUCUCUCUGUCUCCCUCUCUCGCUCUGUUCUUCCUGCAUUGCUUUAAAUAUCGACUUUGAGAUAUGAAUGUGAUAUUUCAAUAUUCUGCAGGGUGUUUGGCACAAUACAUGAUGAAUUCUCAGUAAUUUCACUUAACAUUUUCUCUAUGAAGCUUCUGAUGUCCAAAUCUGGAGAGAUAUUGAUCAUGAAUUAUGGAUAAGUUUGAGGUGAUGGUUUUCACUUUUGUUUGUAUUGAAGCUCUGCUAAUCAAGAUUUUUAUUUUUUAUUGAAAAAGUAAAUGGUUUAUCAAAAGAGAUGCACACUGAAUCAAUCCAAGAUAUGGAAACAUUGGUACAGUUGUAUCCUCUGGGGACGCUGUUUUUAUCUAUUUAGUGAUUUUAUACCAUGCAUUGCAUUCAUGUUGCAGGUUUUUAUACUGUGCUUUGUAUUUCAUGUAUCUUGUAUUGUAUUUUAUGUCUUUUGGAUUUUCUGAUUUGGACCCUGAGUCUGUAAUAAAGUUUUGAUUCAUUCAUUGCAUGCUCUUGUUUUCCAAUCAGAUUAAAGAAAGCCUGUGAGGCCAGUUCCAGA